AUGGUAGUGGAUGAUUGUGGCGGGGGUGUAAGGUUCGUUGGCGGAGGGUUGGAGAGGCCUAGAUCUGACCAAGGGGUAGUGUUGGGUGAAAAAGACCCAAAAGGAAUUUGGGUAUUAGCAGAAGUGGUAGAGGAAGAGGCGGUGACUACGGAUGAGGGGGAAGGUAUGAGGAAGGAUAUGAAGCAGUUUGUGGCUACAUGUGACCAAUGCCUGCGCCAGUCCUAUGAGGCUAUUAACCCUCCGGGACUUCUCAAUCCCUUACCAAUUUCGGAGAACGUUUGGCUUGACAUCUCCAUGGACUUCGUGGAUGGCCUCCCUAAUUCUUCCGGCAAGAACGCGAUCAUGGUUGUAGUUGAUAGACUAACCAAGUACAGCCACUUCAUCGGUGUCACUCACCCAUACUCGGCCAAAACAAUUGCCGAGGUCUUCCUCAAGGAAAUCUUCCGUUUGCACGGUAUGCCCAAAAUGAUUGUGUCUGAUCGUGAUCCCAUUUUCCUGAGCAAUUUCUGGAAGGAUUUCUUCAAACUUCAAGGCCGAAUGGUGGUUCAACACCACACACCAUUCUACUAUCAAGAUGACAUCCUUCGAAGCACUAUACGGCUACCCACCUCCUCCGUCUUGCUAUACAUGCUGGGAUCGAUUUCUGUCCAAAUUGUUGAUGAGGCCUUACAACAAAGGGAUGAACUCCUCAGGAAUUUGAAAUCCAACAUGGAAUUUGCAAUUGGGGAUUGGGUUUACCUGAAGCUACAUCCUUAUCGCCAGAAGUCCCUCGUGAAACUCCCUGCCAACAAAUUGGCCCCAAGAUAUUACGGUCCAUUCCAGAUCACGGCACGCAUUGGGCAACUGCCCUACAAACUUGCUUUGCCCCAUCAAGCACGCCUCCACCCAGUGUUCCAUGUGUCCUUGCUGAAAUGGCGAAUCGGCGACAUGAAACAUGUUUCACCCACCUUGCCUCCAUUUGAUGAGAGUGGCGAACUCAUCUGGUCUCCAGAAGCGAUCCUCGAUAUGCAGGCCGUGAAACACAAGAAGCACCAGGUUACUCAAUGGCUUAUCAAAUGGACCGGGCUCCCAGUGGAGGACGCCACUUGGGAAUCAGCUCAAGAGAUUGUCUCUCGUUUCCCUUCCUUUAGCAGCUGA